AUGACCUCUCGACCAGAAUUCGACGCCUACCGCGUCUUUUUAGAUCGCUUCACCGCUGUCCUCUCUCAGCAGGGGAAUUCCCCCCGCCAAGUGUCGUCCAUGGGCAUUGGAGCCCUCGCCAUCACUGAUGGUUUGCCGUCUGUCGCGGCCCCUCCUGCUGCCAGAGCCUCUGCUGCGGUUCCUUCUGCCACCGUGUCCCCCGCUAUGGCUCCGACCUCUCUCUCCUCUGGCCAACAGGAGGCCAGACCUGCUCCUGUUGGCCCUUUGCAAGCUUCGGGUCAGUCUGCUACUGUGGUGGAGAUUGAUGAUGACGGCGAGGAGAUGGAUGUUGUUGAUAGUGAUGAAGAGAUGACUGAUGUUGUUGAUGAUGAGGAAACGGGUGGUGCAGAUGAUGGAGAGAGAAUGGGCAAGGUGGAUGAGGAGAUGUAUGAUAUUGAUCUCGGUGACCAGGAGUUGUUCAAGGAUAGGGAUGGUUGGUUGGCCGAGUUAGGAGGAUUGAGUCGUACGUUCCCUGUCGCGUUACCUGUUCCUAUCCGCGUCAUCGAAGGAUCUCCCAAGCUUUGCGUGACGUUACAGAGCUCCAACAGGAGGAAACGAGUAGCCUACAUGGCUAAGCUGGCUGAGUCGGCCUUCGCCUGUGCUGAGAGAAGUGUCUCCCGUUCUGCUAAGGAGCCAGGAAGUGCUUGUAAGGCGUUAUUGCGGGAGCAGGAAAGAUUAUGGAAGUUGUUCGAGGACGAAAGGGAACGUUGGGAGGUCGCCAGUAUAGAGGAGUCGUGUGAUAGGUGUCGUCGCAAAAUUAUCACGUACGGGAGGAAGAAGUGGCCGUGUUUACGACUGGUCAAACCUCGUAAUUGUGGAUCCCGUUGUGCUUCCUGCACUUCUGGGCCAUGCUCGUUCUGUCACCCCAACGUCGCUCGGGACAUUCCUCCUAGAUCUCCGUACACUCCGUCCACCGCUGUCCGCCGUCAUCUCCCCACAGGGCUAGACAGGGGCUAUCCUUUGCGCUCUCCUUCGGCGAACUUCUCCUCUCCCGGCCCUACCUCGCUGUCACCCGCCGCCUGUCGCCCGCCUACCUCUCCUGUGGCCGGACCGUUUCGUCUUCCCGCUACUCCUUUGGCAGGUCCGUCUCCUCGCACUCUUUGUCGUGCUCCUUCCGCCGUCCUCCGGCCUUCUACUCCUGUGGCUGGCCCAUCUCGUCUCCCAGCUACCCCUUCGGCCGCUUUGUCUAGUCCUACCAGGAGCCGUCCUACUCCUGUCUCAGCACAAGAGGACUCUCCUCUAACUCUUCCUCCUGCCCUGGGGACCCAAAGCCGUCAACCAUCUGUCCCUCCUGUCACUGGGCUCUCAACUCCUGCUCCUCCUGUACAAACUCCUCCUUCGAGAUCUUCAAAAGGAAAGGGAAAGAAGAAGACCGUCCAAUUUGAACCUGCAGUGGUGGAGAAUGAAAGUACUCAGCUACCAGGGGAAAUCCCUCCUCCCCUCGACCACCCAUACAUUUCCAACGACCCUCAAAUCCCAGAGGAGGAGAAACAAUUGGCUACCUUCUGUUCUCUCAUCAUUGGAUUGACCACGCAGUUACACGCCAAUAGACAAGAUACGGCGAAGCUUCUCGAAUAUUGCAUGAAGCUGGUCUCUGGUAUGAAUACUCUGUCCCAGACAAUGGCAACUCUUGUAAACUCCUCCGAUAUAGGCCCAUUAGCGCGGACUGAGUUAGCUAGAGUCUCCCAAGAGCUCAUGACGGACAUGAACGAUUUCUACUGCAAUCUCUUCGAUUCUCCCUUCCUCCUGAAUCCCAUCGGGUACGCCCUUCCCCCCACACUCGACUGGUUAAGGCCACCCAACCCGGCUCGACUCAGUUCUCAGGAUGCUGCCUUUCUUGAUAUCCUGGCUCUUCCCCCGGACUGUCUUAGAACACUUUGA